AUGGUUAGGACGCCCCAGCCGCCAGAGCCCUUCGCCGCUGCCGAGGUCCGAGAGGAGCCGCCGCCGCCGAGAUACAAAAGCGCAUCAAAUUUGACUGCACAGUCAAUCAUAGUCGCAUAUUACAAAAAUGCUACAAGAUCAAAAUUAAGAAGAGUGUCAGAGUGGAUCGUACACACCAAAAGUACUCGUGCAGAAAAUCAUCAGCAGGUGAUGUCGAAGAAUUGGAAAGAAAGAAUAAAAAAUGAUUCGGCAGACUUCUUGUCCAUCUCAGAACUACUACCUCGGAGCAAACCAUGUAAUUUGAAUAUUUAUGCAUCUAUUGGCAAAAUUGUCUUAAUGGGUUCUCUUAGACCUGAAUUGAAGGGGCACUUGUCAGUCAUUGAGAAACAUUCCUUGAAUGGACAUAAUGAUAUCGUCAGAGAUUUUAUUACUACUGGAUGCAAGUUAUGUGGUUUACCUCUAUACCAAAAGAAUCUUCAUGGAGACAGUACUUAUCCAAUCGAUUGCCUUGAUAAUCCAAAGUAUCUCCAUGUUGUUGGACAGAUAUAUAAAUCAUUCAUGAUCUAUGUGCAAGACCGAAAUGGACAAGUUCUUGUGCUUGUGAAGAAUAAAGUUGCCGAGAUUCUGUUUUCAAAUAUCAACGCAGAUGAUGUGUCUGAAUGCUACAAGAGCCGCCAUUGCAUGCUGGUAGAUUCUUGUGACUCUGGCCAGUCAAGCACUUGUGGGAUGCUAGGUGGCAGUGGCAAGACAGGCAUUGCUAAAAGGAAAAGAACCAAACAUAAGCUUGAUUUUCAUCUUAUCUGGCUCAUUGUUAUGAAAUGCAUGCUGAACCAAGGCAAGAACAGUCCAUUCUGCUUCCAGAUUUCGGUCAACCCCGGGAGAAAUGUUGAGGAUGGACGAUUUGAACUGAUUUCGUUGACAAUGCCAAUACCAUGAGAUGGGAAUUCUUCUUUUA